UCUCGUGAAAGUGGAGAGGAGGCUGUUAAACAAGAAGUAGAGGAUGAGGCUGUUUCAGUAGACAUUUCAGUGAAAGAAGAGGAAUAAGCUUUCAGAGUGAAAGAGGAGGAUGUUAAUGUGAAAGAAGAAGAGGAGGAGGUUGGAUGCAGUUUUUGUAGUGAAAGGAGGAGGGGGAGGAUGACUGACAAAGAAGUUUUGGAAUUGAAGGAGGGGGAGAUUGGAGAUUUAAUGAACACCAGAGAGAGGCCAGACUCUCACUCUGACAGCGGGAAGAGUCCUUCAAGGGAACCAGACCCAGAGACGCCCAAACCAGCGGGACGACACCACACCUCCCAUUGUGGAAAGAGUUUUAAGAGGUUAUGGACACUAAAAGAGCAUGGGAGAACACACACAGGAGAAAAGCCUAACCACCGCUCAGACUUUGGGAAGAGGUUUUGCCAGAUAGACAGCCUGAAACGACAUAAGAGAACACACACAGGAGAAAAUCCUCACCACUGCUUCCAGUGUGGCAAGAGUUUUACCCGUUUAUGUUACCUGAAAAUACAUGAGCGAAUACACUCUGGAGUGAAGCCUCAUCACUGUUCCCAAUGUGGACAGCGUUUUACCCAUUCAGGGAGCCUGAAAAAACACGAGAAAACACACUCAGCAGAGAAGACCUACCACUGCUCCCAGUGUAGAAAAAUAUUUAUCAGUUUAUGGUACCUGAGAACGCAUGAGAGGGCACACACAGGAGAGAAGCCAUAUCACUGUUCCCACUGUGAAAAGAGUUUUACCCAGUUAGGGAACCUAAGAACACAUGAGAGGGUACACACAGGAGAGAAGCCGUACCACUGUUCCUAUUGUGAAAAGAGUUUUACAUGGUGGGGGUGCCUGAAAAAGCAUGAGUGGAUACACACGCGUGAAAAGCCCUACCAGUGCUCCUUGUGUGGAAAGAGUUUUACCCAGUUAGGAAACCUGAACCAGCAUGAGAGGACACACACAGGAGGGGAUAAGGCCUACCACUGCUCCCAGUGUGAAAAGAGUUUUACCCGGUUAAGGCAUCUGAAUAAGCACGAAAGAAUACAUACACAGGAGGAGAAGACAUACCACUGCUCUCAAUGUGGAAAUACAUUUUCCCAGUCAGAGGACCUGAAAUCACAUGAGAGAAUAGAGAGGCUGUGUUCUGACUUAUUUUUUGAUUGAGAAUUGUGUUUUUGUUUAUGCCACACUAAACCAAAUUGUAUGUAUGAAAGCUUUCGAAAAAAAGAAUAGGUCUACUUUUUAAUUUUUUUUUAUCGAGACCAUGAUCAUAUAUAUAAAAAAUCUGAUAUUAACAUUUUGUUUUGAUUAGGAACUUUGAUUGAUUGGAUAGUAUCAAGCCUUUAGAUGUUCAUUUUAUAUGAUUUUUGGGAUAUUUCAAAAUGUAAAUAAUGAAGUAGAUUUAUUGGAAGUUGCAUUUCUUUUGUUUUAACCUUUAACCUCUUGAAUGUAGUCGUUUCAUUUCAUUCAUUUGUCUACGAUUCAUCAUCAAGCUAAAAGUUGUAUGGAAAUGUGACGACGUAGUUCUGAUGACAUUAAGUUGUUGACAUGAAAAACAUUCACUACCUCGUGAAUAUUCCCAUUAGUUUUAUUCCACCGUGUCAGAGAGAACUCGGGUGUUGAUUGUAAAAAAGGAUUUGAUUAAUGCAAAAUAUUGUGUUUGAAAAUGUUUUAAUGUGGAACACCAAUAAAUCAUUAUAUACAUCUACAUGAUGUAUUGUUACACCAUGUAGGAGCAGUAUAGACCUAGUCUGUU